UAUUUCGGUUCCACAGGUUACAACACCCUCCUUUUUGUUAGAUAUCAGGUUAUAAGGUGUUGUACAAUUACAACGUGAACACAUGAACUCAGGCUUAACGAGCCAAGCAACUUGGCUGCCGUUACCUCGACUUGAGAAUAAGAAGGCCUUUUCUUCUUUCCUUACAUGUAUCAAGAGGACCUUAAGUCAAUUCUUUAAGCGACCUGUUUAAAAUACCAUUCGUUAUAUCGACUAUUUCUCAUCUUUAAAAUAUGCCUUUUCAAUUUAUACUCCCCACCACAAAACGCUUCUUUUUCUCCUCGAGUAUCGCCUGCGAGUCACACCCCUCGCUGCCUCUCAAUGCGAGCACGCACCGUGGGGUUUUAGGCGACUCUUUGAAGAAGCAUAAACAAUUACCAGCUGCCUCUCAGGCACCAAAUCUACCUUCGGUAAUCUCUAAUUUAAAUAACUAUAUUCCAUAUCUCCUUGCCAUCGACGCUGGCUUGAGUAACAAGUCGGUUUCUGGCGAGCAGCUCAGCGUGGUUUUGACGUCUACCCCUGCUAUAAAAUGGCUGCCUACUUUAUCCGACUAUGCUAUACCCGGGAAAGAAAUAUCUAGGGUUAAAGUGCAGUCCUUAGAAUAUGAACUGUUCUUCGCUCUUUCGACCCUAGGUUAUACUAAUACUCUCCUUGCCCGCUAUACCCUACAUCCACUCUAUGUUAUCUCAGGCCCUCCUCUUGGUCCGCAGGAGCGUACUAAGAUAAUUACUACGGCUACAAAAUAUCUGCUGGAUGCAGCCUCGGCCCAUGACUAUGUUGCUCGUCGAGCCGAGAGUCUUGCCACUAUCCCCCCUUGUCCUGAUAUAUCCCAGCCCACCGCCCGCGCCAUGUCUUUACUUGCCCUAGCCGAGGCCACUUUACUUGCAGUCCUUAAGGAUGAUCCAUAUCCAGCUGCCGUUGCCCAAGACCGCAAUGAAAACGACCGAGAGUGGAUGUAUAAGGCGCCAGAGAUACCUAAGGUUCGGGCUCACCUAUUUGCUCGGCUCUGUCUUGCGGCUGCCGACCACGCAGCUCAAGCAUCUUCCUUAUGCAAGUCACCCGGAAGAGGAUCCUCAAAACUUAACGAAGGGUUACUACGAUAUCUAGAGGAUUUCCGGAGGACUAGCCGCGCAAAAGCAUGUCGGUUUUUCGCUAUCGAUGCUGAACUGUCAGGUCAAACCGGCAACGCGCUAGGCUGGCUGCGGUGCGGCUUUCAAGAACUCGGCAUCGAGCACAAGGAGGCCAAAAAGGGCCUAAGCCUCAACCGCAUGAAGAAGGAUUGGACUGAGAAGAGGGAAGACAAGAAGAUCGAAAGGGGUACUAAUUGGGGCACGGACGCCGGGAGGCUAGAGGAGACACGCGUGAUCGAGAUGCUGGAUGCGAAAUGGACUAAAAUCAACGACACCAUGCUCACACAGGCUAUCCAAUCGCCGGGGACAUUGUUAGCCAGUCUUCCAUCCGGACGGGAUAUGCAUACAAUCAAACCAUACCAGCCCCCAGAGCUUUCGAGAGAGUCUCUAGAAAGUAUGCGCGCGCCGCCGGACGGACCGGACAAUUACCAAGGCGUCGAGCUUAGUUCGGAUGACGAGGAGGGGACUGCCGUCGCGUCGCCGGUCGGCGCAUUCCCGGGCACCCAUGAAGAUUACCGGAGUGCGAGUACGAGGUCGUACUACUAGCCCCGGAACUCUUCUUAUCUUCCUAUGUUGGGAAUUUAAUCAUGGCAGUUAAACGGAAUGAAUUCUUAAACUACGCUAUGAUAUCUUUGCUAGCGAUGCUCUCCGGAAUGCGGAAAGGGGUAUAAGAGGCGCCAAAGUCUUAUAUAUUCCGGCACUCUUAGGUCAUAUUGCGAAGUGAAAUCUAGAGUAAGCGACGUUUAUAUUUCACUCAUUUCGUACACAUAAUACUUAUCGGGUUCUAGAAACUAAGCUCAUAAGCACGGCCGACAAUGAUUCAGACUAUAUAUACCACAUCAUCUCAAAUUUAUGGCACUUCUAUGCAGUUGCGUAGGAGUAGCCCCUAUUCGAGCGCAAGCGGAUAAAUCUAGCAUCAAACAUGCUGCUUUACUAUUGGGGAUAGCAAAUGAGGUUGUACCGUUUCA